CAAUUGUGCGUCCCGGUGGCGGACCGCCAGCCAAUGGGUGGUGGCGACGCUGACUCCGCUUCACCAAUAGGGAGAGCGCAGAUGGGCCGGGGCCGCUGCUUCCUGGAGACCGCAGGUGUAGAAGCAAGCGCCGCGCCCCAAGCUGGACGGGCUUCCGAAGCUGGCAGGGCGAGCACGAUUUUAAAACGGCCAAGUUCCGACGAUCAGAGCCGCCCUGGAGUCGGGACUAGGGCUCCAUCUCUCGAGACGCUCAGCUCACGUCCCUUCCUAGUUCAGUGCAAAAGCCCUGGGCACAUUCUUGCAGCACCCCACGCUUGAGAGAAAGAAUUAGGAUGCUGCCUGCUUACGUGCCAAGGAGAUGACACAGGAGAGGCAAGCCCCAGAGGAAAAGGUGGGGUUAGAAUAGAUUAGAAAAGGUAGCUUUACCCCCUCAACCUUCCUUAGUGGUUCCUUGAUUGUUUCCCAUGACCCUCUUCUGGAAUUUUGGGUGUACCUAAUGUCUUCAUGGUUCCUUAUUAACUUCCUCAGGAAAGUAAAGUGACAUACUUCUGUUUCCCUUGCUCCUUGAAGCACACCAAGCCUAUGCUUACUCCUUCAAGUUACAGCUGAAGUGUAAGGAUCAGAAGAAAGAUUACCAUAGUAUGUCUCUAAGAUGUAGAGAGGACUCUUCUUGCCUUCUAAGUUUUUUUCCCCAAGUCUUCAGUUUUUCCUUUGUGCAUGAUGGGGAAGUUCUCUCAUUCCCAAUAGAGUCCGGGGGAUUUGGGCUAUUCAGGGGACAACUUCGAAGAACAAACUCAAAGAGGGGUUGAGAGGAAAUUAAGCUGGACUCCUGCCUGAUCCCCCGCUGUGGUAGGAUGAAUGUGGGGGUGGCACACAGCGAAGUGAACCCCAACACUCGAGUGAUGAAUAGCCGGGGCAUCUGGCUGGCCUACAUCAUCUUGGUAGGACUGCUGCAUGUGGUCCUACUCAGCAUCCCCUUCUUCAGCAUUCCUGUUGUCUGGACCCUGACCAACGUCAUCCAUAACUUGGCUAUGUAUGUCUUCCUACAUACGGUGAAAGGGACACCCUUUGAGACCCCUGACCAAGGAAAGGCUCGGUUACUGACACACUGGGAACAGAUGGACUACGGGCUCCAAUUUACCUCUUCCCGAAAAUUCCUCAGCAUCUCUCCCAUUGUACUCUACCUCCUGGCCAGCUUCUACACCAAGUAUGAUGCUGCUCAUUUCCUCAUCAACACAGCCUCACUGCUUAGUGUACUGCUGCCCAAGUUGCCCCAAUUCCAUGGGGUCCGUCUCUUUGGCAUCAACAAAUACUGAGGGAUGGGGCUGGGGACGUUGGAACAAAGGGCUGUAACAUCCCUCCUUUUUCUAUACUGUCUUCUAUAUCUUGAAAGCCUGAGAACUAUGUUUCCCAAACUCCCAGUGGAAACUCAAACUUUCCCAAAUUUUCAUUGGAAAAUGGGGUUCCCUGGGCCCAGCCCUGCUAGGAGCAGGUUUGACUCAGGAAAGACAGGUGAGGUAAGGGGCAAAUCACUCUCCACAGCAGGAAGCCAUGUUUGGGCAGCUUUUUGCUUGAUUAAGUUUUUCCAUAUCAUCCACUCCCACCACCUUCCAGUUCUGUUUUACUGUGUAUUUUCCUUAUAAUAAAGGUAAUUUUUUUCA